GUUACCUUCUAUUGCUGGUCUUGCCUUAGAGCAGCUCACUCCGAUUCAUCAUCAUGAAUGUCAUCACUAUUUGUGCCAUCCUUGCUCUGGCUACCUCUGCGUGGGCCGUCUCUCCACCUGCACUGGGAACACAAGUGGAUUGCGCCUCAUAUAGUGGUAAAGGUGGAACAAUUGCAUGCCAAAGGAUAUACAAACCAGUAUGUGGUUCAGACCUGAAAACUUAUUCUAAUGAAUGCAUGCUGUGCUUCAAUAACCUACAAAGAGGAUAUGAUGUCAGAAAACUUCAUGACAAUGCCUGUGGAAGGAUUGAAUGCACACAGGUGUCUAACAUAUGUACCCUGAAUUAUGCACCUCUUUGUGGAUCUGAUGGACGUAAUUAUGCCAAUGAGUGCCUCUUUUGCAAUGCUGCAUUGAGAAGUAAAAAUGGACUUCAUAUAAUGAAAUAUGGAGAAUGCUGAGUAUUCCUGAUGCUCUAAGACAUGAAGUUCCCUCUUAUGGUUUCUACAUAGAGAGUUUCUCCAGGAUGACUAUUUGGUGAUAAACCUAUGGAUAUGAUUCCUUAAUAAAAGAUUCCCAGCAGAAUACUGUUAAGCUUGUCUCUGUGAAUAUCACUCUUAAACAGAAGAUCGUUAUCAUUUCCUUCAAUACUUAGUCAUGAAGAAAUAUUUCCUAUAUUUCCACCCCCAGGUGGAGAGUGAUAAACAC